UCACUUCUCCAUACCUGGAAGUUCACCGUGAAGGUUGGGCGGACUCUUGCUCUUGGACUGAGACCAUCAAUCUCAGAUUUUCUACCUGCUGAACAUUUCUAUCCUCGUUCAGCAAUGACCACAAAGAGGCAGUUUGGAUGGCGAAAGCUAUUUCUGAUUGUCACAGUACUUCCCUGCUGCAGGAGUUUGCAGGUUUCUAUCCCAGAGAAAGGAUAUGAGGUUGCAAGAGGAGGUGAUAUUACUUUGACCUGUUCCUUCAUCCCAGCCAGACCGGUCACCAAUGCACUCGUCCUCACAUGGGAAGGUUACCCUGACAAUACUGGUGAACCAAUGCUCUUAGUGGCCACCUACUUUAUAAACAAUCCGAUUGACAUUGCACCUGAUUAUGAAGGCAGAGCCUUUAUGGAGGUUGACGUGGACAGACAAGUGAGCACACUGCGCUUAACAAAGGUGAACAUGCAGGACAACCGCAGUUACCAAUGCAGUGUCAUGAUCCCCAAUGAUGAUGAGGGAACAACAUCUGCCACCACGUCCCUUUUAGUCCUGGUGCCUCCCUCUAAGCCGAUCUGCAUGAUUCAGGGAGAAGCAGCGUACUGGCACAACAUCACUCUCACCUGCAUGUCUGAGGAGGGAUCACCUACACCCCUAUAUGAAUGGACCGGCUACAGUGUCAAAAACGUUCGCAAACCAUUUCCACCAAAGACAACCGAAAAGGAUGGAGCUCUAUCUCUCUUCAAUAUUUCCAGAGAUACAUCUGGGUUCUACAUUUGCACAUCAGCAAAUCGGAUUGGUUCUAACAGUUGCAACUUUACUUUAGCUGUGACGGCCGGCAGCAUGAACGCUGGGUCCACUGCAGCUAUAAUUGGAGGAGUCCUCGCAGGUCUGGUGUUGCUGGGGAUCCUAAUCUUCUGUUACUGCAAGAAAAAGGGCAAAAAGGACAAAUAUGCUGAAGGUGUCCCCAAAGAAGCUGCGUUUUAUGACAGAGAUGCUCCUGAAGCUGGAGAGCAGUACAGUGACGACAAGUCAAACAGCAAGACAAAGCCGGUCGACCAGCAUGAAGACAAGGACGUUGUUCCUCGAAACAACUACAUCGUUAGUAGUAAGUUGGAGGACGAUCAACACAGUUACAAUAGUGGUAAAGAAAAGAAUGAUGGCAAGGGCAGUGAUGUAGCCUCUCGGCGUUACCAGGACAGCCAGCACGAUCACCACCGUGGAAGUCGCGAUAACCUCGAUGAUGAACGUGAUCGUUACGGUGGCAGUCGGGAUCGUCUUGAUGAAAAACGCGAUACUUACCGAGGUAGUCGUGAUCGCCUUGAUGAUCAACGUGAUGCUUACCGAGGUAGUCGUGAUCGCCUUGAUGAUCAACAUGAUGCUUACCGAGGUAGUCAUGAUCGCCUUGACGAUCAACGCGAUCCUCACCGUGGUAGUCAUGAUCGCCUUGACGAUCAACGCGAUGCUCACCGUGGUAGUCGUGAUCGCCUCGACGAGCGGCGUGACCGCGGAAGCCGCGAUCGCCUCGAUUACAUCGACGAUCAAAACAGAAACCGGUAUUAAUAACCUUGUGUUACUGAAUGUCUACAUGCCCUAAAAGUUUCUUUUUCUUUUUUGUUUGAUGCACUAAAAAUAUAUUUACUGGGUUUAGAGAUUGACCUAAAAGCCCUCAGACACGAUGCGAUUUGAGCUCCACACACCGCUUGGUUCAGCACACUUCAGACUAGGUGUUCGGGGAAGUCGCAGACGACAGAAUAAAAUAGGUGGAGUUUUCAAACCUUUAAGCGUGCAACAUGAUUAGCUGUUGCCAGCAAUGAAGAUGUAACUGUCACUUGCUAAGAAGCAAGCGCUAACUGCUAGCACACCUGCUAUGCCUAGUUGGUAGGAAACAUGUUUCCAAGACAGAGCUUUGAUCCCGAGGUCUUGAUACUAGCGCAAACUGGUGUUGGACAGUUCAGGAAAUUCAGACGCACACAAGAGGAGUUUUUCCUCUAUUUUACCUUCCAUACCUGGCUGGCAUGCACUUUGCUCAACGCAGCAAAGAGCUAUUGUGGCGCACCUAUUGUGGUUAUUAAAGUUAUUAUUAUUGGAAAUAUGGGUUUCAGAGCUCAGUGGUGCCAUUGUCGCAUUGUGUCUGAAAGGGCUUUUAGGGCCAGGUCAUGUCAUAAAGAGACGCAGCUAAAUUAAUUUGCACAUCCUCGCAAACACUAUGAAUUGUCAUGUAAAAAGCCAGUACUCAAAUAAUAGCCAGGGGAACGGUCUAAAUUAGAUGUGUCUCUGAUAUCAGCCGGUCCCACAUAAAAGCCGCAUUCUGUCUUCUACUGAAGUAAAUAAAGACCACUAUUUAAGAAUAUUCAGUUGGGUGGUGCUUGAAGCUUAGUGACAUUGGUACUACUGUCUUGCACAGCUAGUUGCCAACUAACUGGACCACUAAUCACGGUGAUUCAACAGAAUUUACUUUUUGUCUAAAGUUUUGCUGUAAUUAAUCCUGGUCUGACUUUUAAAAGGAGUUGAGACACACAAAAAAUUAUUCAACCAAAUCAACCUGGUAACUUCUGACCCUGCCACACCUGUCACAGUGUGCUAACAUUUAAUUUAGCCUGACCUGUUCGUUUCACCAGUGUGAGUAAACUGGUAACGUAGGCUAGUGAGUAUUAGUGUGGUUGGUUACCUGGAAUUCCCAAGGUGGCUCAACUUUAAGUAUGUUUGAGAUGAUGAUGAUAAACAGUUUUUACACCUGUGAGACUAUUCAGAACACAACUUUAGACGUAUGAUAAAUCUUUGUGCUCUAGCUAAUCAGGACCUCAAUCAAUAGGCCAAUGUCAGAGAGGGUUAAUAUGCCCAGAGGUCUCAGUAUGGAUACCGAGGGUCUUUAAUUAUAAUGUAUACUAAUAGUGUCAUCAUACUCUUUGUAGUGUUGAUAUUGUUUGGUUUUUUUCCAUAAAAAUGUGUCCAGUGCCUAUCUCAAUUGAUGUGAAUUGGUCAUUGAACACCAUCCAAUCAUUAAUACAUACGUAUAGCUCACAUAUUCAGGCCAAAUAUCUACUGCAGUAAUUUGGGGCUUGUUGUUAAAACAUUGUUUCAGGCAAAAGGGAUUGUUCCUUUUUCAGUCAACCAUAUAAAAUGUGUACAUUAUCUUUGAUUUUAGGUUUAACCUGUAGUUUGUGAUCGAGAAUAGCAAAGUGCCUCAGCUGCAUCUGUGCUAGAUUUACACCUAUUUUAAUACUUAUUUUUAACGUGUCUUGGUGUAGGUUAGUUUUUUUACUGUUUGAUGUCUGUGUGUAACUUUUUCUAAAUGUUUUUGUGUGAUAAAUGAUUCCCCCUAA